AUAGACAAAAAAUAUGAAGGGAAAUCCUUGUGGAACUCACCAAAUCUUACACAUAAUUGAACUACAUAUAUGACACAGCGAGUACGGAUGAAAUAAAUAUGCAUGAAUAAAUCAGGAACCAUACCAUUUGGGAACACCUUAUUUAGCUAGAUAUGCCAGCAUUUUUCUUCUUUUUUUGGGGGGGAUAAAGAGAUCUGCUCUGGCCUAAGGGAGUUUCUUAGCAAUUGACCAAAUUCACCCCAUGUCCAUGUCCAUUCCUUUUACAAGCAACCAGUUCCGGCUAUGAAACCAAAUAGGGAGAAAUAGGAUGCGUCAUACUCAUAAAACAUAAUCACCCUCACCCAUCAUGUAGCAUCGGUGAUAGUGGAGUAUCUGGUUAAACGAGUAAAAUGACCCUGCCGGAUCCUCAUUGGAAAAUGGUUGAAUAAAAGGGAAGGAAGUACUGACACUUGUUCAUUUCUAUAAUGAUCAGAGCAGGCACCACCUUCUCCCUCUUCAACAAAAAGCAAAGAAUUUGUUUAAUUCUGUGAUUUGUAACUGCUAAGUCAGAUAGAUUCAUCUGUUCGUUUCUGAUUUUGGGAAAGCAUUCACAUAUUUGUUCUAAAAUCUGCCUACCAAUUUGCACCAGUCAUGGAGGACACCAAUCUCACUUCAUCAGAUUUUAAUGUAACAGGCAAUGGCAGUCAACCAGGAUAUCAAUAUGUCAUCUCAACCUCUCAAGUAUCUUUUCUUGUUGUAAUGGCAAUAGUUAUCAUUGCAUGCAACCUUACUGUUCUACUGGUGCAUCAUUUGACCCCAGCACUCCAUGUACCAAUCAGUGUAUUCAUCAAGUCUCUGGCUUAUGCUGACCUCUGGGUGGGGGUCAACUGUGCACUCAAUAUUGGAGUAACAUUUGCAAGAGGAUGGCCAUAUGGACUUUUGACCUGUAAGCUGAUUGGUUAUUUACUUUUAGUGGUAGUCUUGGUAAGCAUCACAACCCUCACUUGCAUUGGCAUUGAACGCUACACAGCCAUUCAAAAUCCGAUCAACUAUCGUUCCUUUGUUACCUACAAACGGGCUCGCAUCUGUGUCAUCCUCAUCUGGGUGCUAUGUGGACUUGUCUUUUUGCCAGCAUUCUUCAACUGGGGCAUGGAUGUUGACAUCCAUGGAAGUUGCCCUCUCUUCUGGCGAUACAACAUCUCUUUUGGAUUUUUCCUCAUCUCCAUCCUCAUCAUUCCAAACCUCCUUAUAUCCAUUAUUUGCUACAUCCGCAUCAUUCAUACCUUGGUUGCUAGGCAACGGUGGCUGCAAACCACUGGAAGUACAUUCAAUGGCCCUCAACAGCAGAAUGCUUGCCAGAAGCAACAUGAGAAACUCAUGGCAAAAAUUGGCCUUGCCAUCAUGAGUGCCUUCUACAUCACAUGGUUGCCCUAUGUAGCAUCUAGCUUUAUCCGCUACCUUGACCUUGCCAAUAUCCCUCAAGAUCUCUACAAUGGAACUUUGUAUCUUGGAAUAAGUAACAGCUUCCUCAACUGUGUCAUUUACAGCAUCUCACACCAGGCUUUCAGGGAUGGCUUUAAGAACUUAGUGAAGAGAUGCUGUUGCUCAAAGCAGACUAAAUCAUAUGAAUCAGGCUCUCCUGGCUGGAGCAGGAAAACAACAGGAAGCAACAGCCCGUCUACAAUUCAUGACACUUCCAUACGGAUUCAGAAACUUGAUAAGAAUCAGAUUGAAAGCCAACCCUUGAAAAUGACCAACCAUUAGUUGACCAAAUAAAACUCAUUUGACAAUAAAAGUCAAUACCAUAACUCAUAAGCUUGAUGAAAUAUUCAUGAUUAACAUAACUACAUAAGUUAAUACCAUACUCUAAAUAAAAUUGCAUAGAUUACUGUCUGCCUUUAUUCAAUUAAUGCAUAUAAUGAAAAACUAAACAUAUUUCAUUUCUUUUUAAUUUGUAAAUACAGAAAUGAAGUAUAUCAAUGUCAGUUGAGUUAUACUCUCAACAAACAGAAAAAAGUAAAAUUUAAAUGCCAUUAGAGUGCAUGAAUAUAGUACUGAAGUAACUUCCAUUGUCACCUUGAUCAUGUAUUAUGGGACAAUGAACACUUUUGCAUGUUUCGCUUGUGUACUAUAUCUGUUGUGUCAUUGCUUAAACACAAACAUACCUGCUUGGAUGCAGGUUAAUCUGUUAAAACAAAGUAAACACAGGCUAAAUACUUAGUAAUAGGCCUGUUAUACUUGCUCUCAAAUUCUAAAUAUUGUUAAAACUACCACAAUAACACCAGGGUUAAAUUGCCUCUAUAUUAAAAAUGUAUAGCUGUGUUUGGAGUUACCAUGCUUGAGCUUGUUUCCAUAACUGUGUGUGUUAUUGCUCACACAUUAAUAGUUGGUAUAAGUAAGAGCAAUGUAAUUGCCACUUAUUAACUUGUGAGUCCAGUUAUGAGGGGGGAUGCUAUUGAGGCGGACAUGCUCAUUUACAAAAGCAAAAGCCCAUAAAAAUGGUUGUUUUUGCGGUCUGGUGAUGUAUCAAAUUGCCAGAAUCAGUCCAGUGUGUAUCAUAAAACAAGAAUAUUUCAGACAUUAAUUAGGGUAGAGAAAACUUCUUUAGUGUACUCUGUGAUCAAAAUAUCAUUUUGAAAGUCCAUGUACGAGCAUGGUGUUCAUCUUGUAAAAACAGUAAUAACAAUAUGCCCCGCCCCUCAGGGAUCCUCCAUCUUAUACACAUUCAUGUAUAUGCAAGCUCCUUAUGGACUGGAUCACAAUAGUGUGAUUGCUGUUCUAAAAUAUUUUGUGCAUUCUUGGUAAGGGCUCAGUAUAAAUAUUUGCUCCAUUCACCUUACAAAUAUAAUUAAAAUCGUGAAAUAUUAUGAAUUUAUCAUACAUCUGUUGACCAUAAAAUAGAGCUGCAUUCUGUAAAUAUAUCUGAUAUAGACAAAAGAUAUAUACAUGUAUAUAGCAAUAUUUAUUAGAUGUAAUAGAUGCACUUUUAGAAUGAUAAUGUGAUAUCGCAAUGGCACUAAUGGAGAAGUUUGGCAUGAAUUUGGACAAGUGAAAAUUGAAUCAAAUAAGACUAACUAUAAGUAAAUUUCUUUGUCAUGAAAAUUUCCUUUCCAGCCCUGACCUUCAACUUUCCUCAUGUCAAAUAUCUGGUGGUUUUUUUAUAAAGCUGUUUGUAAGUUAAGCGUGACUUUAAGAAUGACUGGUGAACCUUUCUUUAUGUGCAUAAUAAU